UUAUAAGCUGAAGUGUGGAUAUGAUGAAUGGGUAGCAAGUACUUGCAACCUCAACCUACUGUACAAUGAUAAUAAUUAGCAAAGUGUUCAUUUUUCAACAAUAUAGUUAUUAAGUCCUAGCCCCUAGGUAGGUAGUAAUGUACUGGUACAGGUUAUAGUGAGAUAUUGAAGGUUAAUGGUGUAGGAAGCACUAUAGUAGUUUUAGUAUCAUCAACUGGUCAACAAGCUCCUGUCCACAUUGCCUGUGUGGAAUAUCUCACUGUUCAAGUAUUUUCUAAACAUGUACAUCUACAAGGUGUUAAUUUACAUUUUUAAAGGUUUUAUUUUGAAGAUUUACUUAUCAAUAAUGCUUGAUAUAGCUUUCUAUUUCUAAGAUACUGUCAUUAGUGGAACAAUGACAUGCAAUAUAAAGAAUAUCAUGUAUUGAAGGACUACUAUGGUUUGAAAGACAAUAUUUAAGUAUUGUUCGAAUACAAAAUAGAAGUAUAAUGGUGUACAGUACAAUACUAAUACCAAAGCUAGGCUAAGUAGGCUUACAUGUGAAGGUGUGCUGGUUAUGGCUGCUCAUGUUUUGUCUCGUGGUAGUGUCUAUGGUAGAAGCUUCUUGUUUUCUAGAUGUUUCAGUAUCAAAACUAAUUAUGAACUAAGAAAGUUAUCAGUUACUCCAGUGAGAUCCUAUUCUGCGGAGAAAGCAGUUUAUAAACGUGAUAAGCCUCAUAUUAACAUUGGCACAUUAGGACAUGUUGAUCAUGGUAAAACCAGUCUCACUGCUGCUAUUACUAAAGUAUUAUCUGAAGUGGGUGGGGCUAGUUACAAGUCCUACGGUGACAUUGAUAAUGCUCCAGAGGAGAGACUGAGAGGUAUUACCAUAUCAGCAGCUCAUGUGGAGUACCAAACAGACAACAGACACUAUGCUCACAUCGACUGCCCUGGACACGCUGACUACAUUAAGAACAUGAUAACUGGAACUGCUCAAAUGGAUGGGGCUAUUCUUGUAGUUGCUGCUAAUGAUGGCCAAAUGCCUCAAACAAGAGAGCACUUACUGCUAGCUAAUCAAAUUGGUAUCAAACACGUCGUGGUCUAUGUCAAUAAGGCUGACAUGGUUGAUGGUGAAAUGUUAGAACUAGUUGAACUUGAAAUGAGGGAAGUGCUAUCAGAAUAUGGCUAUGAUGGAGAGAACACUCCGUUCAUCACUGGGUCUGCCAGGUGUGCUCUGGAGGACAAAGACCCUGAAAUAGGACGUGACUCUAUACUUAAGCUACUUUCACAUGUUGAUUCGUGGAUUCCAUUACCAGUUCGUGAUGUUGAUAAACCACUCCUACUCCCAAUAGAAGAAGUGUACUCUAUCCCUGGACGAGGUACUGUGGUUACUGGUCGACUGGAGAGGGGAGUGUUGAAAAAAGGUGACAAUGUUGAAAUCAUUGGAUAUGAAAAUAAAUUUAGCACUGUUGUUAAAGGAUUGGAAAUAUUUCAUAAAGAGUUGGAUGAGGCUAAAGCGGGAGAUCAGUUGGGGGCAUUAAUUAGAAGUGUCAAGAGAGAGGACAUCAAGCGUGGUCAGGUGUUAAUAGCUCCUGGGUCAAUGGACACUCACUCCAAGAUAAAGGCACAGGUUUACGUACUGGAGAAAGAGAAAGGUGGGAGGCACACUCCAUUUGUAACAAACUAUUCGCCAGUUCUCUUCACUAAAACUACUAGAAUAACAGCUGCCAUCACCCUACCUGAGGGUAAGGAUAUGAUAAUGCCUGGAGAUGAUACAGAGUUAAGCUUGCAGUUACGGACUGGGAUACCAAUUGAAAAGGGACAGAGGUUUACUCUGAGAGAUGGAGGGAAAACAAUAGGAACUGGAGUAGUCACAGCUAUUGUAGAAUAAACUAAACAUUAAAAACACUUGAAAUAUUAAUAAUAUUAGUUGAGCUGUAA